AUGUCUUCACCUCCUUUUAAUAUAUUUACUUCUAUUAAUAAUUCAACAUUAAUAAUUCCAUCAAUUUCCAUUGGUAAUAUACCUCAAUUAGCUAUUGAUUUAUUAAUUCAUACUUAUUCAUUUAGUAAAAUUGGUAAAAUUAAUGAUUUUUAUUUAUAUCCAUUUGCUUCAGCUAUUGAUCAUGAUCCAAGUAUAAUUGAAAAUAAUUUUGGUAUUACUUCCAGUUGUGAAAUUUAUUUUAAUAAAGAUUUACAACUUACUUUAAUUCAACAAAGAUCACCUAUAAUAUCUUCAUAUACUAUUCCAUAUAUAAAUGAAGUUUUAUUACCAUUUAUUUUGGAAAAUAAAUUUAAACAUGUUAUAUUAUUAGAUAGUUUUGAUGCUGGAUUAGUUGAAAAUAUAAAACAAGGAGAUAUUAAAAUAUUUAACCAAGAUGAUUUAUUAAAUAAAUCUUUAAAAGAAUUAGAAUUAAAUAAUAACAAAUUAAUAGAUGAAAAUGACAAUAAUAAAGAUAAAGAUAAAAAUGAAAAUGUUGAUUUUGUUGAAUUAUUAAUUAAAGAAUUAAUUAAACCAAGAAAAAAUCCUUUUGAUGUUUCUGUAUUUAUAAGUUAUGUUUAUGAAGGUGAUAAUUUUCAAGAUGGUGAAAAAUUGGCAAAUAAAUUGAUUGAAGAAUUAAAUAUUAAAAAUGUAAAACAAUGGAUAAGACCAAUUAGUUGGUUGGGAGCAUACGGUGAUAAACCAGUACCAAAUUCAAUGGAACAAGGUUUAUAUGGUUAA